UUUGACGUUUGUUGUGCGAAUACUGUUGUGGAAGCGCUUUUCACGUUUUAUUCCGUGCGCCCGCCGAAAGUAUCGAAAUCCCCGUGGAGUGCGAAACCCCCCCCCCCAGUUUUACGUGACCACCGGCGUGCAACCACCUCUAGCAUCCGACCGACGCAUCCUCGCCCCGCAAAACAUGUCGAAACGCGGCCCGCAAUCGUCGCUGAACCAUCUGAACUGGAACGAAACGGACGAGCCGGAGGAGAAGGGCGAGUUUACGAAGGCGAGCGACGAUGUCCUAAAACAGCGGGUCAUCAAGAAGGCCCGGCGCCGGGUCGCAACCGACGAUGCGGACAGUACCGCCCCGUCCGCUUCCGCGUCCGUGUUCGGUGCGUUCAAGGGAUUCGCCUCGACGCCGCUCGCCAAGAGCGGGGCGGAUAAGCCGGGCGGUGGCGGUGCACAGUCGUUCUCCUUCCUGUCAACGCUCGGCGCCGCCAAAACGAAUGGCAACGGUACGGCAACGGUGUCGUCGAGCGGUGCUGCGGCCGACGGCGGCGGCGGCGGCGGUGCAGCGAAGCCAACCUUUUCGUUCGGUUCCAACGCCGGCACGAUGGCAGCGUCGGAUGCGAGCAAAAAGAUGUUUGCCUUCGGAUCGCCGACCAGUCUGAAGGCGGACAGUACGGCGGAGGGAGCGAAAACGGCGUCCUCCACGUCGUCCGGCUUUGGCAUCUCGUCGUCCAAGGAAGGUGACGCGGGCAAGGGUGGGUUCGGUUUCGGGGCAGCCAGCAGCGCACCCACCCAACCGUUCUCCUUCGGUACCGUUCCACCCAAAGCGACGGAAGCGGCCAAACCGAACAACAACUUUACCUUCGGCACGCUGGCUGGCGGUAAAGAUUCGUCCACGGACGCCGCACCGAAGCCAACGUUUUCGUUCGGUUCUUUCGCAGCCAAACCGGACGGCGAGACGGAGAAGAAAUCGAUACAGUUCGGUUCCCCAACCGCAUCGAAGGAGCCCACGACGACGGGUACGUUUUCGUUCGGUUCCAAUGCCGCCAAAGCGGAUGCAAACAGCAGUUCCACGGAUAAGAAAGGUUUCGCGUUCGGAAGCUCCCCGGCAGCCACACCGAAAGGCACAUCGAUCGUUACGCCCAGCGGUGUGAUUAAAACGCCCGUCACGUUUGGUUCGGACGCACCGGAAGCGGACAAGAAGCCGUUCACAUUCGGAUCGCCGGCUGGUGGAAGCAAGGAACCGGCGGCCAGUUCUCCCGCCGCGAGCAAAGGCAUGUUUUCGUUCGGCACCAACCCGGCCAAGACGGCACCGUCCGAGACACCGGAGAGGAAAACGUUCACAUUCGGAUCGCCGGCUGCUGCUGCUGCGGUGAAAAGCACAGCGGUCACCUCGCCCGAUACACCCAAGGCAACGUUUUCUUUCGGCUCCAACGCAACGAAAGCGGAUGCGGUGUCCGGCUCAGAGAAGAAGGCGACAUUCUCGUUCGGUACGGCCGCUUCCGGCGGAAAGGACAGUGCCGCAGACAUCUCCUCCUCACCCAAAACAUCAACCUUUUCAUUCGGCUCUAAAGCUCCCGAAGCGGAGAAAAAGACAUUUUCCUUCGGUGUUACCGCCGGCUCUACGUCCGACGCGGCGACAGCGGAAAAGAGCAAAGCCACGUUUGCCCCACCGAAGGGAACCAGUGAUGACGCGAUAAAGAAAAUGUUCAGCUUUGCGUCCUCCUCCUCCUCCUCCUCGUCACAGCCGGCAGCAUCAUCGAGCACAUCCAAGACGGACUCGGAGAAGGAAAAGGCGGAGAAAAAGCAGUCCACCAAGCCGGUAACGGAAGCGGACAAGCAAACGGUGAUUCGCAACAAUGUGGUCGCCCUGAACAAAGCCUUCAUUGCGUGGAUUACGGAAAAGUGUCGCGAAAACCCGUACUGCAAGCUGCAUCCCGUGUUUAGGGACUACGAGAAGCAGUUCGACGAGAUCCAGGCAAUGACGCCGGGCAAAACGGUGGAAAAGUCGGCGCCUACUACGACCUCGCAGGCGGCUGCAACGGAAAACAAAAUAGCGCCCGCAGCAGCAGAACCCGCCAAACCGAAAGAGCCGGAAAAGGAAAUGCCAAAGCCGGGCUUCUUCUUUGGCGGUUCGGCGGCGGCUUCGGCAGCGAAAGAAUCGCCCACGAAGCCCUCCAGCGGUUUCACGUUCGGCAGUUCCUCCAAACCGUUCUCGUUCGGUAGUCUUGCCUCUUCGACCAGCACCAACGCCACCACAACGACCCCCUCGACCGUGUCCACCUCCUCCUCGUCCUUCUUUGCCGGUGCGUCCACGUUCGCGGCCAAAUCCGCUACCGGCGGGUUCACGUUCGGCGGUGUUGUGAGCAAACCGCCCGCACCGGACAGCAGUGCGGCGGGUGGUGGACCGGACAAACCGGCCGGCGGUGACGCGGAAGCCGACGAGGACGAACCGCCGAAGGUGGAGUUUACGCCGGUGGAGGAGAAGGACAGCGUGUACUCGAAGCGCUGCAAGCUGUUCGUGAAGGUGGGCGCCUCGUACUCGGACCGUGGCGUUGGCACGCUCCACAUCAAGAUGGUGGACGCGAAGGUGCAGGUGCUGGUGCGGGCCGACACGAGCCUCGGCAACAUUCUGCUGAACAUCAUCCUGAACGAAUCGGUGCCGGUGCAGCGUCUCGGCAAGAACAACGUGAUGAUGAUCUGUCUGCCGACGCCGGACGCCAAGCCGCCGCCAACGUCGGUGCUGCUGCGCGUCAAGACGGGCGAGGAGGCGGACGAGCUGCUCGCAACGCUGCUGAAGUACAAGCCGAAGUAAAGGGCCGGAAGGUAAGGGGGAAAGCAUGGUAGCAGGACCAAAUCAGGGCCAAAAGAAUGAUUGUAGCAAAAGGAAGCCGGACAACACGAUGUUAGAUGAGAUGAGGCGAGCGCCAGACGGGUCACAACCGGCAAGCACUAUUACGAGUCAGAAGAGCAGGAAAGGAUAUAUUCGGUUUUUUUUUUCGUUUUUAAUAAAAAUUUACAUCGUGCCCAAUUAGCGGCGAAUGUG